ACCGGCAUUUCCUUCGCCACUACUUCCGACGCACCAUUUUCCACCAGCAUGAUACCGGGCAUCACAGGCUGCUACCAGAGCUCUGGCAGCGUCCAGCUCUUCAUACCAUUUCUACUCUUACUUUUGUUUCAACUUGGCGUGUCGUCAGAAACCCUGAGCAUUCACGCGCGCUGACCGACGCUCUCCAUGACUCAUGAUCCUCACGGUCACACGCGCCAUAAAGAGUUGGCGGGCGUCCAACAGCCAUCUGUACGCCGUCUUGGUGAAGCAUAACAUAUUAUACUAUGCUUGCGGUCUGUUUUUCUCGACGGUGAAUGUCCUCACGCUGCUGUUCCUCGAGUACGAGUACCACACCAUGUUUCAAGAGUGUGCAUGCUCUGAAUCCCAGCCAAGUACUUUUAUGCAAUUGUUGCGCGCGUCGCAACUUUAGGUUAAUCGCCCUGUUGAAAUCUCAGCAUCGCAGUUAGUCGGUAAGGAAAGGUACAAGUGCAGUAUGUAGCAUGCGCCGUGUAGAGAAAAGGGUCACGCCAAGGAGAGACGGAUUGUUGGAAGAUGCCAGAACUACUUAGGACGGAAGGUUCGCCUUUCUUAUCGAUCCCGAUAUUCUCCAGUACGAUCAUAAUCUCUUCGGCUUUCCCGGGAUCCAUGCCUCUUGCCCAGGCCUCCUGUCUCCCAGUGCUGGUCUGUUUGCCAAACCUUCCCACACUCAAAACGAAUCGUACUUAGUCGAAUUCGUCACCGAUUCGUUUAAACUUCACUCACUUCUCAUCAGCUCUUAACUGUUCUCUUUCUUUCUGAAUAUUAGUCCACCCCGUAAGG